CGGCUUUUCAACUUCACAUGGAAACAUCGGGCUUUUUGUUUACGACUGAUAAUUUGACAGUCGUCGUGAUAUUUAGCAAAAUCUCAUGAGAUAUGGGAGACAAAUCGCUUAAGGAGCAAUCUAUAGAAAGCACAGAUAUCAACCAGGAUGAGUUGAUACUUCAACAGCAGAGACGUAUAGAAAAGGAGAUUUCAGAAUCUAUAGCUUUAGUUGGUGAGAAGGAAUCAUUGAAGAGCUUAGAACAAGAAUAUGCGAAGGAUGAUGUAUAUCUUUCGAAAGCGAAAGUCUUGGCUCAAAAAUAUUCUUACAUUAGGAGAACUAGACCUGAUGGCAAUUGCUUCUUCAGGGCAUUUAGUUAUGCUUAUUUGGAAAAAUUAAUCGGAAAUAAGGAGGAAUAUGAUAAAUUUCGAGAUCUAGCAUUAAAGAGCAAAGAUAACCUUGUAGCUCUAGGUUUUCCCCAAUUUACAGUCGAAGACUUUCAUGAUACGUUUAUGGAAGUCAUAGAUAAAGUAGGCGGUGACACAGAGUCCAGUUAUAUGGAGUUACAUAAAUUGUUCAAUGAACAGGGUUAUUCUGAUUAUGUCGUUGUCUACCUUAGAUUAAUUACAUCUGGUCAGCUGCAACGCGAUGCAGACUUUUACCAACACUUUAUCGAAGGGGAUCGUUCUGUUACAGAAUUCUGCCAUCAAGAAGUUGAACCAAUGUAUAAAGAAUCUGAUCAUAUUCAUAUUAUAGCAAUGAGUAGUGCUUUAGGAACUGGUGUUAGAGUUCGUUAUAUGGAUAGAGGUGCAGGAACUGAAGUAACUGCCCACGACUUUCCUGAAGGCGUCAUACCAGCUGUGCACUUAUUAUAUCGCCCUGGUCAUUAUGAUAUUCUUUAUCCUUGAUGAAUUUGGCAUUACGCAAAUUUUCUAAUAUUACAAAAAUGAUUUUCGAUGACCAAAUCUAUAUUUAAAAUUCGAUUUUUAAAAGCAUCUGAAUUAUAAUGCAUAAUGCAAUACGAUAUAUUCCCUUUAAUUUAGUAAGAGAGAAAUAAGUUGGUUUUGUGUACACAUAAAGUUUGUACAUUGUGUAUAUUUCUCAAAAUCUACCCAAGUGCAUUUUUAUGAAUUCAUUAUCAUAUUUGUUGUUUCUAUACAUAAGCAUAUAAAACAUAAAACAUUUUAAACUUUAAAAUGUUUUUUUUAAUUAUCUGAAAUAAAUGGCAGAGAAAUCAAUGCAUUGUGAUAUUUAAUUCCUAUUCUUUUUUUUUAUUUUUUCCAAUAAAUGCUGGAGAUAUUACACAAAUCAUUUUUACUGUACAUUUGUAAUACAAAAUAAAUGAUAUUUCGUUACUAUUAGUAUUAUUUAUUAAAUAAUAUAUGUGAUAUAUGCUCUCUCAUUUUCUCUUUAUAUAAAUGUAUCACAGAAAUGAAAAAUAUUUUAUAAAUUUUGUACAUUUGAUAAUAUAAAAAAAUUAAUUGUAAGACUUAUGUAAGUUACAUAAAGUAUUACAUAUAAAAAAAUUAUUUCUUUUUAAA